AUGAAUAUAAGAGCCUCAACAUUAAUCAGCGUCCAAUGGCCUCCAGAACCAGUCUCCGAAGGCCCAGAUACCCUCGUCCUAAGCGUGGGGACAUACUACGUUGAUUUGAGGGUAAAUCGACACGAUGGCAGCAUUUAUUGGACAUUAGCAGGACGGCGAAUAGUCGUUUCUGAGGAUCCUCGCAAAGUCAAAUUCACACAUGAAAUCGAUUCUCAUAAACCUCAUCGUAACGCCAGCAGUGACGAGACCGACGAUGAGGAUGAGGAAGAGGAAGAAGUCGCUGAUGAAGGAGAAUUCACAAAACUUCCAAAUGGCGACGAUCUCGAAAUCGGCGAAAUGCCUGCUCCGCAUUUGGGUGGGAAAGUAGCGGCUUAUCGUGAGAUAUGGCGCGAAUUGAAGAUUGGAUUUGACGAUAACGAUGAUGAUGAUGAUGAUGAUGACGACGGGGGUGAUGAUGCUGGGAAGGGGGCAUGUUGGGUCCUAGAGAGUCUUAAUAAUAAUGAGAGUGAAGUACCCAACAAGGGAAAGAAGAAGAGAACGUUUUAUUGUAAAGUUGGGAAGUUUUUUCUUGCUUUACGUCGAACGGAGACGGAUUACUCUGAAACAAAUGAAAUUGGGAAAAAGAAUAUUGAGUUCUCGGUUAUCAGACAGGAACUCAUCAACAAAACCGAAGAGGAUUGGGUUACGAAAUACAGCAUUGGCACGGAAGUCAAUAAUAUGUUUCACUUGUCGAAGACGUCGGUAUUUGCGUUGCAGAAUGCUAAUGGGAAAUCAACCUGGAGUGAUGGUGAUCGGAUACUUGUGAGUAAUAAGCGUGAUGCUAGCGUACGAGAGGUUUGUAUUGUUAGAGCUGUGAAUUGA